UGUUCCUCUUCUAAUUUUUAUUUUGACAGAUUCUGGAGGCAGCAGAAGCCCCAUUCUCGAGAUUUGCUUAACCCCAGUCGAUUGGUGAUUUGAGUAGCAUGAUUUGAGUGAGAGCUUUUUAGUGAAGCUACUGUGUUAAGAUAGCUCAUGGGAUUGAUGAAGUGUCGGGGACCAGGGGUCAAGAUGAUCUACUAGCUCAUAUUUACAGGUUUUUACUGUACUAGAUACCGUCCCCAAACUCUUUAAGCUCGAUGUCUUCCUCCUUCGAGGUCCGGACUUUACAUAACCUUUACAUAAGUUGGGAAGCCGAGAAAGCAUCUGUGCCAGCCAGACCUUAGAUGCUGCAAAGCUCCAGGCUCCACACUGUGAUUUUCCACCAUCAAAAUAUGAAGCAAAUGCACGGGCACGGAGGCUAUGACUCGGACUUUAGUGAUGAGGAGCAGGGUGGAGGAUCCAGCAAGAAGAGGAAGAAGACAGUCGAAGAUGAGUUGCUGCUUGCAAAACCAUUUCAAAAAGAAAGGCAUGGAAAGGUGGCUCAUAAACAAGUUGCCGCAGACUUGCUGGACAGGGAAGAAGCAAGAAAUAGAAGGUUUCAUCUCAUAGCUAUGGAUGCUUAUCAAAGGCACACAAAGUUUGUAAAUGACUAUAUUUUGUACUAUGGUGGCAAAAGAGAGGACUUUAAGCGGUUGGGGGAGAAUGAUAAGACAGAUCUGGAUGUUAUACGAGAAAAUCAUAGAUUCCUAUGGAAUGAGGAGGAUGAAGCAGAUAUGACUUGGGAGAAGAGACUUGCAAAGAAAUACUAUGAUAAAUUAUUCAAAGAAUACUGCAUAGCUGAUCUCAGUAGAUACAAAGAAAAUAAGUUUGGAUUUAGGUGGCGAAUAGAAAAAGAAGUAAUUUCAGGAAAAGGCCAGUUUUUUUGUGGAAAUAAAUGUUGUGAUGAAAAAGAAGGCUUGAAGAGCUGGGAAGUCAACUUUGGCUACACUGAGCACGGUGAAAAGAGAAACGCUCUUGUUAAAUUACGAUUAUGUCAAGAAUGUUCCUUUAAAUUAAAUUUUCAUCACAGGAGAAAAGAAAUCAAGUCAACAAAAAGGAAGUCUAAAACCAAGACUGAGUGCGACGAGUCACCUCGUAAGAAAUCCAGAUCAUCCUCUUCAGAGGAAGCUUCCAGGGGGAAGGAUGAAGGACAUUCAUCCUCAAAGAGGUCAGAAGAUUCUAGAAAUACAGGGAACGCUGAUGAGGAAAACAGUGCUUCAGACUCUGAGCUCUGGAAGGGUCCACUGCCAGAGACAGAUGAAAAGUCACAGGAAGAAGAAUUUGAUGAUUAUUUUCAGGAUUUGUUUCUGUGAGCUGGGAGAGAGAACCUUAUUCCUGGUGAGGAAUGGACAGAGACACUUGGUGAAUGUGUCCAUGCUGUAGAGUCUGGACAGCCACUGGGACAGAUACUUCAGAAGCACGGGCGUUUCAGACAUUUCUCCUUCACUUGUGUGGCUUCUCAGUCGCCUGUCUAAAGCCUCCUUUUGGCUCUGGCUCCCUAGUAUGUGAUAAACUUAUUUCAAGUGUCAUUUGAACAUGGAGUGAUUGGCAUUGAGCUGUAAAUACGUUAUUUAGUGUCUUAUUCUAACAUGUCAGAGUUUUCAUUAAGUAAUUGUUAUGAGCUCACUCUGUGAGUGCUUACCAGGCCUCAGGUGUGCUCGGGCUGCUGUGCUGAGCCGGCGGUGAAGGGGCUAUUUUGGAAGUCAUUUACAAUCCUUUCUGAACUACCAGAAAGUAGCAAAAUUAGUGUCAAUGUACCAGUGUUAAAUGUUGUGUAAAGGUGUCCUCAUUGCUUGAAGGUGGUGUUUCUUUAUAUUAGUACUUAUUUUGAGUAAAAAGAAAUCUUGAUUUCUAAGGGAAAUUACCUGAAACAUGCAACAUCAAAGUUGAAAUUUGUAUAGUAGUGGAAUUUCUAUAGCUAAGCAGUCUUACAAUGAAAAUAUAUUGAUUGUUCAGUGGUCAUCAGAAAAUAUAGUUCUGCAACAUUAAAUGGUAACUGGGAAGGGCACACACCACUUACAAUAGAACAAUGUGUUUUGGAAUGACAAUACAGUUUACAAUACCAAGUUUAUGUGUGAAUUUAGAUAAUUAUCUAAAAUCCCAGCGAUCUAGCACAGUGACCAAUAGUGGGAGUCAUUUUAAGGAGUCUUUACAAGUCUGAGGUAAUGUUAGACAUCAGACAUAUCCAUCCCCUCCCUUACAUGUAAUCUUCGAUUUCUUGUGGGCGCGUUAACUUUUCUGCAUUGGUAUCAGAGAUUUCAAACCCAAGUUCAUAUUACAUGACCAUAAUAAUGUCUACCUACCCAAAACUGCCUAAGCCCAGAUCUUUGAUAAACAGGAAUUUACAGAAAACAUUUCUAGAUCAGCCUUGCCAUAGAGCUUCAAGACAAAAACCUCGAUUUAUUGAUUUCUCUGAACACCAAAGUGGGUACAUUACCACACUGGCUGUGCAGAGAUGUGUGGCACCUGCACUGCCUCUGAGAUAGGCUGUAUAGUUGGUCCUGGUCCAGGUUCCUGCAGAGCACAGAGUGGUACUAAACUGACCACUGAGAGCCAACAUGGGAACCCAGGCCUAGUGAGGGCUGUGAGGAGGUGGCAGACACAAGUCACAUGACUCCACCCACUCAAAAUGCAUUGCUUAAAACUGAAUCUUCGCAGGGCUGAGAGAUGACUCAGCAGUUCAGAGCAUUGGCUGCUCUUCUAGAAGACCUGGGUUCAAUUCCCAGCAUCUACUUGACAGUUCACAACUGUCUGUAACUCCAGUUCCAGGGGAUCCAGCAUCCUCACACAGACAUACACAUGUAGGCAAAACACCAAUGCACGUAAAAUAAAAAUAACAUAAAAAACCUGAGUCUUACUUUGUAUGUAAUAUAUUUGAGGUACAUUAAUUUUCAAUGUAAUAUAUCUUUUUUUUUCUUGCAAAAGCCUGGCCAAAUAUAUGAUGUUUAUUCUGUUUCUACUUUCAUCUGUGAUUACAUAUAAAUAAAAGAAGAAAUCUUUAAAAAUU